GCAAUAACAAGAGAAAUAAAAGGUCACCAAAAUCUCCUGUUCAGCCAUCUCAAUCCAAUGGCUUCCUCCUCUCUCUUCCAAUCGCCCCCUCUCUUCUCCCUCCAGCCCAAAACCCACACGCCUCUAAAACCCCAUUUCUUUGCAAUCAAAGCCUCCGCUCAAUCAACCCCAUCUGCCUCUCAACCAACCCCACCGCAGCCCAUAGUCUCGAAGCCCCGCCGCCCCGCCGACGAGAACAUCCGCGACGAGGCCCGGCGCAACAACCCUACCCACUCCCACCGCUUCUCUGCCAAGUAUGUCCCCUUCAACGCAGACCCUUCCUCCUCCACCGAGUCCUACUCCCUCGAUGAGAUCGUCUACCGCUCUCAAUCCGGCGGCCUCCUCGACGUCCAGCACGACAUGGACGCGUUAAAAAACUACGACGGCAAGUACUGGCGCGAUCUCUUUGACUCCCGCGUGGGCAAGACCACGUGGCCCUACGGAUCCGGCGUCUGGUCCAAGAAGGAGUGGGUUCUCCCGGAGAUCGACAGCGACGACAUCGUCAGCGCCUUCGAGGGCAACUCCAACCUCUUCUGGGCCGAGCGUUUCGGCAAACAGUUCCUGGGCAUGAGCGAGCUCUGGGUCAAGCACUGCGGGAUCAGCCACACCGGGAGCUUCAAGGAUCUGGGCAUGACCGUCUUGGUCAGCCAGGUCAAUCGCCUCCGCAAAAUGAACCGCCCCGUCGUGGGCGUUGGCUGCGCCUCCACCGGAGACACCUCCGCCGCUCUCUCUGCCUACUGCGCUUCCGCCGGAAUCCCAUCCAUCGUCUUCUUGCCUGCAAAUCGAAUCUCGAUUGCCCAGUUGGUUCAACCCAUCGCCAAUGGCGCUUUCGUUUUGAGUCUCGACACCGAUUUCGACGGCUGCAUGCAUCUGAUUCGUGAGGUAACCUCCGAAUUACCCAUUUAUUUAGCGAAUUCGUUGAAUAGUUUGAGACUAGAGGGUCAAAAAACCGCUGCUAUUGAGAUCUUGCAACAGUUUGAUUGGGAAGUACCCGAUUGGGUCAUAGUUCCGGGAGGAAAUCUCGGAAAUAUAUAUGCAUUUUACAAAGGGUUCCAUAUGUGUAAAGAAUUAGGCCUUGUUGAUAGGAUUCCCAGGCUUGUUUGUGCUCAAGCGGCGAAUGCGAACCCGCUUUACUUGCACUACAAGUCAGGGUGGAAAGAAUUCAAGUCCAUAAAGGCUAACACCACCUUUGCGUCCGCCAUUCAAAUUGGUGAUCCAGUUUCGAUCGAUAGAGCAGUGUAUGCGCUCAAGAAUUCGAACGGGAUUGUGGAGGAGGCGACAGAGGAGGAGUUGAUGGACGCAAUGGCGCAGGCAGAUUCGACCGGGAUGUUUAUAUGUCCUCAUACUGGGGUGGCUUUGACGGCCUUGAUUAAGCUUAGGAAGAGUGGGGUGAUAGGGCCGACCGAUCGGACCGUGGUGGUGAGCACGGCGCAUGGGUUGAAGUUUACACAGUCGAAGAUUGAUUAUCACUCCAAGGAUAUCAAGGACAUAGCUUGCAGGUUUGCCAACCCACCCGUUCAUGUUAAGGCGGAUUUCGGCUCAGUUAUGGAUGUUUUGAAGAAGUAUCUUCUGAGUAAGGCGCCCAAGUAUUAGGCCUGAUUGUGGCGUUGUAAGUUUUGCUCAUGUAUUUUGUCUUCCGCUGAUUUGGUUUUAGUGGCAUUAGUGUUGUUAGUUUAUUUGCUCUUCUUCUUGGAUGCUUGGCUAUAGGACAAGGGAAUAUGCUUGGGGAAAAACAUGUUUUUCAUCCUUUGUGAGCUUUGGUAGGAAGGAGUUCAUUUGUACGGCAGCAUUUUCAACUUUGGACAAGUGAAUUGUCAUUUGAAUUCGACAACAUUUCUGUUGGCGAGCUUUUAAGUGUUUA